AUGUCAGCCCCUUUUGAAGAUCUCGAUCCAGCCGGGCCCUCGCCCGAAGACCGCGUCAACGCGCUGCGCGGAUACAAAGCAACAAUAAGCAACCCGCGCACUUCAGACUCUGCAAAACAGCACGCGCGCGAAAUGAUUGACUCACUAGGAGGCGACCAAGUGCGCGAAGACCUGUAUCAGAUGCGCAACCCGACCAAGGACCCUGUUCGGACGGCCGGGGGGCUGAAAGCGGCCACGAAAAACCCCCGCGUGUCUCAAGGUGGAAAGAAUCGCGCGCAAGAGAAACUCGGCGCUAUGGCUGAGCCGAGUGAGUAG